UCUCCCAUUUGGAGUUGGCUCCGACCUAUCUCAAAUUCCUAUCUAUUCGUUAACCCCAGUGUUUAUCGUACAGUCCGAAGAAGAAGUCACCUUACUGUUUGUUUGUUUUACUUCUCUCAUCGCUUGCUACAUCCUCAUCAUCGUGAUCAUGCAAACCUUGAGGAACUAUUUCACACCAUGGUCAUCUGAUGUAAGGUUGGAUGGCAAAACUGUAGUGAUUACUGGCGCUAAUACCGGGAUUGGCAAAGAGACUGCCAUUGAUUUGGCCAAAAGAGGUAUGCGGGUCAUCAUAGCCUGCAGAGAUAUGGAGAAAGCUGAUGAAGCUACGAAAGAGAUUGCUGAAGUUUCUGGGAAUCAGAAUGUUGUCUGCAAAAAACUUGACCUGGCUGACUCCAACUCCAUUAGAGAAUUUGCCCAGAAUAUCAACAGUGAGGAGAAACAACUCAAUAUCCUGAUUAACAAUGCUGGAGUGAUGGCCUGUCCAUAUGGUAAAACAGCAGAUGGUUUUGAGAUGCAAAUCGGGGUCAACCACAUGGGUCACUUCCUCCUGACAUUUCUAUUAAUUGACCUGCUUAAAAGAUCAGCUCCAGCUCGGAUUGUCACAGUGUCAUCCAUGGCACAUAAGUGGGGGACCAUCAAUCUGGAUGACAUUAACAGUGAGAAGAGCUAUGAUAAAUCAAAAGCUUACAGCCAAAGUAAACUAGCCAAUGUGCUCUUCACUCGCUGCUUAGCCAAAAAACUACAAGUCAUGUCUGUGUUGUGUCUGACAGGUACGGGAGUGACGACAUACGUCCUUCAUCCUGGUGUAGUGCAGACAGAACUGUGGAGGCACAUGAAUCGACCCCAACAGGCAGCCAUUUGGUUGAUCAAGCCCUUUACCAAGACAUCUGUGCAGGGAGCUCAAACCACUAUCUACUGUGCAGUAGCUCCUGAGCUGGAGACAAAGAGUGGCAACUAUUACAGUGACUGUGCACCUGCAAACUGCUCUAGUGCUGCUAUGGAUGAUGACGUGGCACAGCGACUCUGGGACCUUAGCUGCCAGAUGCUCAGGAUAACAUGGGACUAAAUCUGCUGACUGAUUGUUGUAAAGCAAAUAUCUCAGUGUAGUUUCCUAGUAGAGUCUUAAAUUGCCCAAGAAAUGGCUUGAUGGCCAUGAAUUGAUUGCAUAUAUUGACAUAUUUUCUUUUAAAACAGCUAGUCAGGGAGGGAGUGUGUUGAUGGGCUUCUUAUGAAAUAUUAUACAAGAGAUCCUACAAUCCCCCCAUUUUUACUGAAUAUCUGUAUUGUAGGGUCUCUUGUAGAAAUUAUUUAAUUUAAUGACAUAUUCUUUAUAGUUCUGAUUGAAAAGUAUAGACCUUUCAGGAUCGAGACCAAAAGUCUGAGACCACUAGUGAAAAUGCUUCUGCUUGUUAGUAUUUUCCAAUUUAAUGCAAAGGAUUUCAUUACAAGUGAUUUUAUUGCAAUAACUUGAGUGAAAAUAAUAAAUAUUAUAAUAAAUAUUUACAUGAAUUUCAGAGUU